AAAAUAGAGUCUACAAAAAUAGUAACUUAUAUUUGUGAUCAAGUAUUACCACAGUGGGACAAAAUUGCACAGGUAAACCAAGGAGAACUUUUACAGUUAGUAAUACUGAGACAACUAGCAGAGCUUAGCACUUAUUGUGGUAAAUUAGAUAAUGCUACUCACUACAUAAGCCAAAUUUAUGAUAAAUUAAGGCAAUACAUGCCUCCCCCACCUGAAAAUCCGGAUUUAAUAACAAUGCCGUUCCUCGACUUUUCAGUGGUUGAAUGUCUGCUAUAUGCUUUUCAUAGAUUAGCCCGUCAGUGCCCUGAAUUUUUGACCCAAGAUCAGGCACUUUUGAAGGAUUUUCGAGCAAGACUAAUGUACUUUUCAAGAGGAGUUCAAGGCUGUAGUAAAGCUCUGGCUAAUUUAGAGAAAAAGAAAGAAGGCUUGUCUCCAGAAGAAACGCAAAAACAAAAAAUUUCUCCCAAGUUACUGAAUAAUAUAAAUAUGCUAAUCAAAGAUCUUUUUUAUCAGCCGCCUAUGUAUAAGUGCAAUGUCACACUUUCCUUCAAGGCUGAAGAAACCAUUGCAAAGACUCCGGAAAAAGCACCAGUGGGAAAUAAAAGGCACGUUCCGAUUACCUUCGAAAGCAAUGGAGCCAGUUCCGCUAAUAAAAAUACGAAAAAAUCCUCAGAUGGUAUGAAAUUAUACACCCCACCAAGUGGAAAAUUCAGUAAUAAUUUCCAAAGUUAUGGUGGCAGAGGGAGACCCAGGGGAUCUAGAGGAAGUCGAGGACGAGGUUCAGGAAGGGGAUGGCGUUAGAAUCAAUGUUAUUUAAUUUUGUUUGACACCACUACAAUAUUUUCCUUUAAUGUAGUUAACUAUUUCUUUUCAUAAAGUCGAAAAUCACAUUUUAUUUUUUGUAUCUCUUUUUUUAACAUUUAUUGUAUAUGGAUAAUAAGGUAGUUGUUCAUAGUUGUGUCAGUAUAAAUAAAAAGGAUAUGUCCAUCCAAAUUAACUCCUGAAAGAAUGUUGUGUGCAGGAAAUAAAUGUAGAAUUUCAAUAAAAGUUUUCUUACUUGCAAA